AUGGUGAUGGCCUACUUUUGGAACGUGCUGCGGGAGGAGAUCAACGGCACCUUGGAGGACUUCCGCGAGAAGGGCGCCUGGGGCGCCUUCAAGGACGCCAGCUUGGAUGCCGUGGACCUCAUCCAGGACGCAGGCGGCGCCCUGGUGGACAGCACCGCGCAGCUGCUGGCGCUGGAGCGGCCCACCCUGCGGCGCCCGCCCGGGCUGCCGCUGCCGCAGCACGGGGAUGAGGUGCCCAUCUCAUUGUCCAACGGCCAGCCCUGCGUGAUGGGCAAGGUCCAUGGCGUGGACAGCAUCUCAGACCCGCCCAGGGCACGGGUCAUGCGAAUGGACACCGGGGAGGAGCUGCUGGUGGACAUCCUGAGCGUGGACGACACGCCGAAGAAGCCUUUGCCCUGGGUCAUGGACGAGUUCGGCCGCGCCGUUGGGGAAGUCCGCGAGAAAGGUGCCGGGGUGCUCAAGGAUGGAGUCCUCGACACGGUGGACAUCGUCAAGGAGGGCGCCGUGGUGGCCUUCAACGGCGCCCAGCACCUGGGACGCAAGGCGCGGAAAGUCGACGGAAAAACGCGGCCGGGGAGAUAG